UAGAGAGAGAAGAGAGAGAGAGAGAAAUAUGAACUGUGAACUGCAAACAUAAGAACAGAAUGUAGUUGAAUGCGGAAGAGUUUUCAGCAGAAAGAUUUGAUGAGAACAGAAGAUCAGAGCUAUAAGACUUCAUCAUAAUGGAAACCCCUGACAUGUCCUCGCUGAUGCUAUCUCGGCCGGAGCUGAUUGACUUUGAAGGCAUUUCUAUGAUCAAUUUUUUCACUGACAACUGGGAAAAUGUGAAGAACUUCCAGGCGAGACCAGAUGACAUCCUAAUCGCUACUUACCCUAAAGCAGGUACCACCUGGGUUUCUUAUAUAUUGGACCUCCUGUAUUUUGGAAAAGAUGCUCCAGAUCACCAGAAUUCAAAGCCAAUUUACAUAAGGGUGCCAUUCCUGGAGUCAUGCUUUCAAGUUAUUCCAACAGGGACAGAACUUGCUAAUAAUCUGAAAACUUCUCCUCGCCUCAUCAAAACUCAUCUACCUGUUCAGCUGGUGCCUAAGUCCUUCUGGGAACAGAACUCUAGGGUUGUGUAUGUAGCCCGUAAUGCGAAAGACAAUGCAGUUUCCUAUUUUCAUUUUGACCGAAUGAACAUGGUACAGCCUGAACCGGGUGAUUGGAACCACUUCUUACAGAAGUUUAUGGAAGGAAAAAAUGUGUUUGGUCCAUGGUAUGACCAUGUCAGCGGAUGGUGGGAGAAGAAACAGACAUAUUCUAACUUACUGUACUUGUUUUAUGAGGAUUUGGUUGAAGACACAGGACGUGAGGUGGACCGUUUGUGCUCUUUCCUGGGAUUAUCAACUUCAGCUGAGGAGAGAGAGAAAAUAACAAAAGGAGUUCAUUUUGAUGUCAUGAAAAACAACAAGAUGACCAAUUAUUCUACAAUCCCAGUCAUGGACUUCAAGAUCUCACCCUUCAUGAGGAAAGGUAAAGUUGGAGACUGGAAAACUCACUUUACUGUGGCACAAAAUGAAGAGUUUGAUGAGGUCUACAAACAAAAGAUGAAGAACACCACUGUCAAGUUUAGGACAGAACUUUAAUGCUUGCUAAACAUAGCUCAACAAUAUUCACUAAAUUUGGCUCAUUUGUCUGACUAAAGGCAAAUUUUGACUCUAUUUGAUUUACAGAAUAUUUUAUAUUAAAAUGCAAUUCUACAGUAUACCAAUGAUAGCAAGUAAGCCAUAUGUUUGUAGGACAGGUGUUCAGAAGAUCAGCAUUUGGUUUGCUUGUGGAGAUAUCCAUAAAAGACUUAAUUUCUCUCUGUCGUCCUCUCCCAAAUUCCAGUUCACUGAAGGUCUACUGAAUCUAUCUAAUGUCAUAUACAUUGUAUGUUGUGAUGCCUCUAAGGUUUCAUCUACAUGUUUGAUGUUAUUUUAAAGGCCAUGGUGCGAUGCUUAAAAAUGUCUAAUUUCUAUAAUUCUAAGAGAAAGUAUAUCACAGUUUAGAAUUUAAGACAUAAUCUGUACUAAUCCUAGAGGUGUCUCCUCCUGAGGAGAUAUAGAUUACAGAUGGUUAACAGUCCCAUUUGGUGCUCCUUCAGGUCACAAGAACCUGACCAACCAAAUCCUGAUUUGGGACUUUUAUGAUUUUUUUGUCUCAUCGGUGUAGAUGGCUCGGCAAGAGACUGAGAAUCUUCCCACACAACAGUGUGUGUUAAUGGGUUUUCUGUAUUCAGAAUCUUCUUGCACUCGUUGUGUAUUCUAAAAUAAGGAAAGUGUCAGG